AUGCCGCCACAGUCUACGCUGACGGACCAGGCUCCUGACCAGCAGAUGGACCAGGGAACGCUGACCCCGGGGUCGGCGCGGGCCAUCUGCGCCGCCCUGCCCGGACUCGUCUCGCGCCAGAUCCAAGUCUGCCAGGCCCAUCCAAACACCAUCCAAUCCGUCUCUGAUGGAGCUAGAAAGGGCAUACAACAAUGUCAGCAUCAGUUCCGCAACGAGCGCUGGAAUUGCACAACCAAGGACGACCAGAAUGUGUUUGGAGCCACUUUAGAAAGAGGGAGCAGAGAAACGGCUUUCAUUUACGCCGUGACAUCGGCAGGCGUCGUGCAUGCUGUCACGCAGGCCUGCUCGUUAGGCAACCUCACCGAGUGUAGCUGCGAUAUGGAGCGACAGGGUCUGCCCGCCCCUGACGGAUGGAAAUGGGGAGGAUGUUCAGACAACAUCCGCUACGGGAUCCAAUUUGCCCGGCAAUUCGUCGACGCUCCCGAAAAGGCCGUCCAGAAAAAGCCGAAGAACGUCCGUAACUUGAUGAACCUCCACAAUAACGAAGCCGGUCGUAAGAUGAUGCAGGAUAAAAUGUCUUCCAAGGAAUUGGACAUUCAACCUUCUUCCAUCAAGACGAAGCGACAGGCUCCUCUGGGCAAGACGGACUUGAUCCACAUCCACAAAUCGCCCAAUUACUGCGUCGAAGACCCGAAGAAGGGCAUCUUGGGCACGUCUGGACGAGUUUGCAACAAGAAUUCAACGGGCUCCGACAGCUGCGAUCUACUCUGCUGCGGCAGGGGCUAUAACACCCAGGUGGUCAGACACGUUGAACGCUGUUUCUGCCGAUUCGUCUGGUGCUGUCAAGUCAAGUGCAAGACCUGCGUGACCAUGUUGGACGUCCACACGUGCAAAUAG